UUAAAUCCCUAAUAGACCGCAAUUUAAAUGUCCAGAAUUUGAUAAAACCACAGAAAACAUUAAACAUAUAAUCCCCUAUCAAAAGGGCUGGAAAACGUGGCAACAGCCAAGACCGUAGUGUUAUUUAGAGAUAGCUUACGUCAUAGCUGUCACUGUCACGUUGUGUUUUGAAAAAGAGGAAUGCAGAAUAAUGCGAAUGUUGUAAAAAAAAUCGAAUAAAAAAUCGAAAUGGGCGUUAUGGUAAAUAAUGUCGAUAUAUCGGUGAUACCAAGUUGUGAACAAACUAGCGGACAUUGAACAAUGAGUGAAAGAAAAUUUGCCAAAGGUCUAGGGAAACCAGGAACUGCGGCUCAGCUAAGGGAAACAGUCUCUCAAGUAGUUAGGGAAAAUACUGUAAAUAGCAAACCCAAUCUAGUAGACCCUCUGGAUUUCGAACAGUUUCUUAUCAAACACCGGACCGUUCUUCAGAAUGACCCGCAAAGGGAGCUGCUGCUCUAUCCAAACGAUGAUAUUUCCCAAGUGGUUUUACCCCGACGUUGUCGGACAAUGUCGCCCACCCUUCCAUCGGAAACUGAAAUGGAAAACUGCAGUCUCUUUACCAAGCAGUGCAUCAAAAAUUACUCGACGAAUUGGCAGGUAGUUCACUUCCGAUAUGCUCAAUACUCUGGCGGCUAUGCCGAUUUGCCAAAUUUACCCGCUAGCUGUAAUCUCAAUGAGGAAUUGUACGAAAUCGACAUCGACGAGGACUCUGGUGAUAUCAAGUCUAGAUCUGAUAAUAUUACCAAGGAAGGCUGGUUAAUGAAAGGACCAGAAAUUGGAUCUGAAAGAGGAUUUGUAAAUAUGGGCUCCAAGAGCUUCAAGAGAAGAUACUGCUAUCUGAGGCAGGAAGUCGACGGCACGUACAUAUUGGAGAUGUACAAAGAUGAGAAGAAAGGCGAAGCCAAAAUGACGGUUGUUAUGGACUUUUGCACUGAUGUAGUGAAGAAUCUUAAAAGGGGGAGAUACUGUUUCGAGCUGCGAAUGACCGCGGGGCACAAGUCGUAUGUUCUAGCAGCCGAAAAUGAAGGUGACUUCAAGGACUGGCUAACUAAGCUAUUUUCUGUGCUGCAACAGUACAAGCUGCAAGAGGAAAAACGCGCUGCAUCCUUAGAACGAGAGCGCAGCACUCCACCGCCAUCACCCCAAGUGCAGUCUUUCGGCACACUCAAAGGCUUGGAACAGAGCAUGAAUCCUCAACUAAUGAAAUAUGCCCGGGAAACCGAUAUUAGCAUAGCGCUCUCUAGAAAAGAAUCUCGCCAAAAACUCUUCCUCUUAUUUCCCCCUUUGGCCAUGAAUAUGAAGUCGCCAAACUCUAGUCAAGACCACAUAGAACCGUUUAGAGAGGUAUUUGGUAACAGGGUAUUUUUAAAAUGCGAAAACAUUAAGUUAAAGCUGCAAGUGGUUGACGAAAAGGAUAAUCUAUGCCAAGUCGAGCCAUACUACACGUCAUUGUGCCUAUUCGAUGUGAAAAAUGGAAGAAAACUGACUGAACAUUUCCAUUUCGAUGUAAAUAGUGAUAGUAUUCGCACAACGUUUACCAAUAAUGGCUGUAACGAACCGUCACAACCAAAACUAGAUAUUCUGCAGAAAGUCUCAUCAGAAUGGCUGUUGUUUUCUAGACAGGGACUGUUUAAUAUUACAAAUCCCCAUCCCGAUAUAUUUUUGUUCGUUCGAAUAGAGAAGGUGCUUCAAGGUGGCAUUAAUCAGAGCUCGGAACCGUACGUUAAAGCCAAUAGGGAUCCGAAAAUCGGCAUUAAAUGCUACAAAAACAUUGCCACCUGUUGCCAAAGACUGGGAAAAUACCGGAUGCCUUUUGCGUGGACUGCCAGGCCAUUAUACAGGCUUUAUAGCAAUGAAUUAGAUACAGUAUCAGAUUUCCAUGCCAUAUACAGACAGGAAAGUGGCAAAAUGUCCGACGAGGAAGUUCUCAAAAUACUCUCGGACUAUAGAAAGCCCGAUAAGUUUAACAAAUUCACUGUGAUUCCUGGCUCUUUGGAGAUAAAAAUUUCGGCCCUCAGUGAUCUGCCUCCCAAUUGCUUGACUGCUUCCCUGGCCCCGUUAAAGCCCUUUCCCUUACCGCCGACGAAUCAACCGACCUUUGAAAUAACCGAAUUUGAGGGCCAGUCGGAGAAAGACGUGCAUCCGUACACCACAUUCGUUAAUCACAUGUACGUGUAUCCGCAUAGCCUGAACUUCGACACUCAAAAGAUUUUCACCAGAGCCAGAAACAUUGCGUGUGUUGUGGAGGUUCGCGACAGCGACAAUGAAGAAGCCCAGGGCCUGCCAUGCAUUUACGGACGGCCAGGACAGCCACUGUUAGUUUCGAGCAUGUCCUGUGCAGUUUUGCACCACAACACAAUCCCCUGCUGGUACGAAGAAGUGAAAAUCCGUCUGCCCACUAAUAUUCUGUAUUCGCACCAUUUGCUUUUUACUUUCUAUCACAUUUCCUGUGAUCUGACCAAGAAAAGGGAUAACGGUGUCGAAUCGUGCGUGGGAUAUGCGUGGCUACCGCUCUUGCAGAAAGGAAAAUUGAACAUGGAUACUCAGUUAGUUCCGGUGGCUGCUCAUCUUCCUCCGGGAUAUCUAUCAGUACAUCCGUUCGGACUUGGAAAGGGAAAUGCUGGUCCGGAAAUCUCAUGGGUAGACGGGCAAAAGCCGAUUUUCACCGUCGGUUUCAGUCUGGUUUCGACAGUGAAUACCAAAGAUCAACAUCUCUUCAAUUUGUUCGUACAUGCUGAACGUUUGCUGGACCCAAAGCCCGCUGUUGUUCCUUCGGAAUCGGAAACCUGCAAGAUCCUGAAGGCAUUGCAUGCCAUCCAACUGACCACUUUGAUCACCUUUCUGCCCACUUUGUUCAAUCAGCUCUUCGGCUUGUUGGUGGUGACAACCAGCGAGGAAAUCGGCUUGAACAUUAUCAGGGUGAUGAUCAAUUUGGUGAAUAUGCUGUGCGACUACAACAGGAAGGACAUUCUGAACUCUUAUGUGAAAUACAGUUUUGUGUCGUCGGAGACCAAGAAAAACACCACUGUUCAUGAAGAGCUCGCCAAACAUUUGCCGGCUAUCUUGGAUCCGAAUAAUCCCGACUUUUUGGUCAUUAACAAGUUCAUGCAUCAUGCGGACUUUUUCUUUGAGAUUAUGACCAAGAGCAUGACGCAGCAUCUGCUGGCUACUGGCCGAAUAAAAAUGCAGCGUCACGAAAGGUUCUCCCAAGAAUACCUCAGCCAAUUAAACAAUCUCAGUCAAGUGUUGAUAUCAUACGUAUUGAACAAGUACAAGGAAAUGCCACUGGAAACGAAGGAACUGAACCAGAAUUUGGCAAACUUUUUCAAGCGAUGCCUGUCACUAAUCGAUAGAGGAUUUGUUUUUAAGCUAAUCAAAUGGUACAUGGAUAAGUUUAACCCCGGUGAUCCCAGAGUGUUGCAAGAGUUCAAGUUUGCCUUUCUAGAGAUUGUCUGUAACCACGAGCAUUACGUGUCGUUUAAUCUCCCUAUUCAACAGUCGAAACUCAGUCCUAGAAAUAAAUCUCCCGAUCCCCUGGAUGAACUGACCUUAACCGAGACGUUUUGCAAGCAUCACUUUAUCGUCGCAUUACUUUUAGAGGAAGUUAAAACGGCGCUGAACGAAGUCACCUACAUCAGAAGAAUCGGGCUGAACACUUUGCGAAAUCUCAUUGCCAAGCAUGAGCUGGAUGAUCGCUAUCAGAAUAAGGGCCAAAUGGCCAGGAUCGCCUUAAUUUACCUGCCCUGGUUGUCAAUUGCUAUUGAUAAUUUUAAUAGGCUGACGUUGGAGGAGAACGAAGAAAGGGGUGGCGAUAGUUUGAUGAAUCGCAUGUCGUCCAGCAGCUCUUACUUUUUUGGUAAAAGCUCGGCGAGCGAAAGCACGCCGAGGAGUCACAGAUUCACUCUCCACUUGGAUAAGGAUAGUCCAAUGCAUAUACGGAACUCUGCAUUCUUUGAUGCCAUUGCUGGUCAAUCUUUGGUAAAUGGGCAUUCUUUAAGCAUCGACUCAGAUAUCUCUGUUCUGUCGAGCGACGACAAGUCCAUAGCCUCGCAAGACACCACAAUUAUACGCGAAGGCCCCUACAAAAACGGCGGCGGCGAAAAACUGCACGAGCGGAGCACGUCGUCGCAUAUGCCCAGAUACGACAAAUUGCAACCGCCUGAGAUCAAAGAUGUUUUAUUAGCGUUCCUAUUUGUGGUGAAGUAUCUGAACGACGAGCACUUGGUGAUGUGGUGGCAGUCUUUUCCCGAGGCCGACGUCAUUACCUUCUUCAGUGUGCUGGAAGUGAGUCUUCACUGGUUUAAGUACGUGGGGCUGCGGAACGUGACCGUCGUCAAAGCCCCCGAUGCGGAGAAUGUGAAGCCGAAGUCCAAAAAAGCUCACACUUUGCCGGCGCGAAUGAACCCUUCGGAAAUCAAUCACGAGAAUUCCAGCACUUUGGUCAUUCAUACAAACAGGGAGAAUCUGGUUAACAACGAUAAUGAAGUUCACAAGAAACAGCAAGCGAUGUUCGAACAGCAUCUGGCUUCCGAAGUGGGGCUGAUAACAGUGGACUGCAUCGGGCUCUACUCGAUUCAUUUCAAGAAGAAACUCAUGGCCGGCGGCAGCGACAAUGAAGUGAUGAAGAAACUGUUCGAUCUCUUCCUCACCCUGAUUCAGAUCGGGCAGAGCGAGAACUUGUUCAAGCACGUGUUUGCAGCCUUGCGGGCUUUUAUCAACAACUAUUCAAGCUUAUUUUUCCAAGGCAACGCAGUGUUAUGCGGGAAACUGUGCUACGAACUCCUAAAAUGCUGUAACAGUAGAGUGGCUUCAAUCCGGCAGGAAUCCUGCGCCCUUCUCUAUCUGCUGAUGCGAAGCAAUUUCGAGUUCACGAACCGAAAGGGUCUGACUAGGGUGCAUUUGCAAGUCAUCAUUUCAGUGUCGCAAAUGUUGGGCAACAUUGUCGGCUUGAACAAUGCGCGGUUCCAAGAAAGUUUGUCGCUCAUCAACAGCUACGCUUCAAGCGAUAAGGCGAUGAAAGGAACUGGAUUUCCUACGGAAGUCAAGGACUUGACCAAGCGGAUUCGCACGGUGCUGAUGGCCACAGUGCAGAUGAGGGAGCAUCAUCAGGAUCCGGAAAUGCUGGUCGAUUUGCAGCACAGUCUGGCCAACUCGUAUGCUUCCACCCCCGAGUUGCGGCACACCUGGUUGGAAACUAUGACAAGAAACCAUGUGAAAGAUGGCAAUUUUUCUGAGGCUGCUUGUUGCCAGUUGCACAUCGCAGCCCUAAUGGCCGAGUAUCUCAAACUAAAAAAGAUCCAGUCGUGGGGCGCUGAGGCCUUUUCCAGCAUAUCCUCGAACAUCCCCAAAGACGAGAAGGGUUUGAAACUAGACUCGGGGGUUCAGGACAUUCAGUACACCGAGUUCAUUUUGCUGGAGCAGCUGGAAACUUGUGCGGAAUUCCUGGACAAGGCCGAGCGCUAUGAAGUGAUGGGGGAACUGUUCAAGCUGAUUAUCCCGUUGUAUGAGAAAAAGCGCAACUAUGAACAGCUGAAGAAGUGUUACCAGAACCUGGCGCUAAACUACGAGAAAGUCAUCGAAGUGAAUCGGACGGGCAGGAGGUUGUUGGGCAGAUAUUACCGAGUCGGUUUCUACGGAAGUUCCUAUUUCGAGGACGAAAGCGCCAAGGAAUAUGUGUACAAAGAACCGAAAGUAACUUCGCUAAGCGAAAUCUCCGAGCGACUGGAGCGGCAGUAUUUGGAGAAAUUCGGAGCUGAUACCGUGAAGAUGAUCCAGGACUCCACACCGGUGGUCCAAAGCGAGUUGGAUCCCAAAUUCGCCUACAUCCAAGUCACCCACCUGACGCCCUACUUUGAAAAGGUGCAAAUCGAGGACAGGCAAACGGAGUUCGAUCAAAACCACAACGUCAGCACCUUCAUGUAUGAAACACCUUUUACGAAAGACGGCAAAGCGCGAGGAAACCCAGAAGAGCAGUGGAAGCGCCGAACGAUACUGAAAACAACCUACACUUUUCCUUACGUGAAGAAGAAAAUCCCCAUUGAGUCAAGGAAAAUUCUGGAAAUGAAGCCCAUCGAAGUGGCGAUCGACGAGAUGCAGAUCCGCGUGGCUGAGUUGGAGGACGUGGUUUUUACCCAACCUACUGACGCAAAGAAACUGCAACUAAGACUGCAAGGGAGUGUUUGCGUUCAAGUAAACGCCGGGCCUUUGGCGUAUGCCACUGUUUUCCUGGAUCCUUCACUCUCCAAUAUGUAUCCAGAUGAUAAAGUCGAGGAACUCAAAGACAUUUACAGGGAAUUUCUCAAAAUCUGCUACUCGGCGCUACAAAUCAACGCCAAAUUGGUCGCUCAAGACCAGCAAGAGUAUCAAGAAGUGCUGAGGCAAAACUACAAAAAAUUGUGCACAUCACUUUCCACAUUAUUCGGGGAAUCUUUGUGGCCGCAUGACGAUAUGGGCAGUUUCAAGAGGAACAGCAUGGCGGUGUUUAGCCCAGUGAGUGGAGCAUCGCAAAACUCCAGCACAGCAUAAGUAGAAAAAUGUCCAGUGGUUUUGCAGGAUUGUAUUGUAGGUAAAUUUUAUCGUUAACUUAUUAUAAUCGCCACUUUCAUAUGGAACCUGCAGUGGAGUAGACAAACGCGUGGCUUGUCGCGCUUUUUCAAUGUUAAGUUCUGCGAUUCACUGAAGUUUAGUUAGUUAAUAACUCCAACUCUUGUACAUAUUGAAGUUUUCUGGAGGUUUCCAAAAUUUCCACUUGCAGCAAGGGAUUUUUUGUUUUCAAUGAAUCGGAUCGGUUUUGCCAUAUUACGCGUACAUUUACAGGGCCUGGAUGGUUCAUUGAAUAUGUACAGCCGCGAAAGCUUCGCAAAAUUCCUCUCUAUAUUGUUGUAAUUAAUUCUACUUAAUAGUCAUUUCGGACGAUUCUGCGAUCUAAGCGGUUAUUUUGUUUUCGAUAUUUUAAUAGUGUUAUAUAGUUUAUAAGUUGAGCGUGAUUUGUUUCAAGUUUUCCAAAAAAAUUGUUUCUAUUGACUAUUACGUUGUUUAGUUUAUUCGAUAAAUUUUCUUUUUGUUGUUCAGUGGCAAUUCGAUAUUCAUUUCCUGAAAGUUGAUGCCUUCCAGAGGUCAAUUUCAGUGCUUCAGCGAUUUGCUAGGGCACACAACAUUGUCUAAUUAUCUGUUACUCGUUUGAUGUAUGUAUUGUCGACCCGUAAAUCUGUAGCGUUGUAUGUAUUUUACUCAGGAAAUUAGGGCUUUAAGAGAUUUAUUGUUUAGUGUACCUAUUGAAUUUGUCGAGAAAAAAACAGUUCCAAAACAUUGUGCGCCCAUAAAAUAUAGCACGUUAAGUAUCGAAAA